CUCUCGUCUGCCGCACUCGACAUGUCUUGAGCAACGAAUGUAGCCCACAAUUUAGGGAAUUUUUCGCGGACUAUGGACACAAUUUGUUCCCUGCUAGUUAUAGUUUUGUUUCACACCCAGGUGCAUGCAACUUAUUCCCAAUGUUUACGCGGGUGCAGCUGUGAGGACCACCAUGGAAGGUCGCUCACAUGCAUGGAGGAGAGCGCGUUCGGGGCCAUACCAAAGAACCUUCCAGCUGAUAUGACCAAAAUACGCAUAGAGAAAUCCCACUUUACCGAAAUACCCAGAGGGGCUUUCUCAAACACGCCCUCCCUGGAGAACCUGUGGUUGAACUUCAAUGACAUCACGGUGAUAAACUCCAGAGGCCUGGAGGGCUUGGGCAACUUGACCGAGCUCCGGCUGCAGGGGAACAAGCUGCGUUCAGUACCAUGGACAGCGUUCGAGGACACGCCGGCUCUCAAGAUCCUGGACCUGAAGCGCAACCAGCUGGACGUCCUGCCCGAGCAUGCGUUAAAAUUUUUGCCAGGUCUGACUUACUUAGACUUAUCCUUCAAUCGGCUUACGGUCAUAUCAAGGGAGGUCUUCCAAAAUUGGCCUCUUUACCAAAAGCUGCAGACGACGGAGGAGCGGGAGGCGCGCGCCUUCGGGUCCAACGUGGUGCUGGCGCUCCACGACAACGCCUGGCUCUGCGACUGCCGCCUGAAGGGCUUCGUGGAGUUCACACGGUCCCUGGGCCCCCCGAUUAUACUGAUGAACUCCUACUUGACCUGCUCCGGGCCGGACUUUAAGGCGGGCAAGUUCUUCCACGAGGUCGAGCUGCAGGCGUGCAUGAAGCCCGCGGUGAGCAGCCCGUCCUCCAACAUCAGCCUGCCGCAGGGCGCGAACCUCACGCUGCGCUGCCUGGCCAAGGCCCGGCCAGACCCCGCGGUGUGGUGGACAUAUGGCCUGAAGAUAAUCAGAGGAUUUCGCGAGUCUCAGGAACGAGUGGACGAAGACACCGUCAGAUCCCUCCUGGUGAUCCCUUCCCUCCACGGUGCCGACCGCGGUAUCUACACCUGCACAGCCGUCAACUUCAUUGGGAACUCCUCUGUCAGCAUUCUCCUGGAGGUUCACUCUGCAGACGGCUCCCACUCUUCGAGCUACCCGGGAUUCCCGGCUGCAACCGGUGCCGGUGAUGAAAACGUCUACAUCGACAUCCGCAUCGCCAAACAGACGGUACGUGGUAUCUCCAUCGAGUGGUACGCUGCCUUGGACCGCCCUGCAGAAACCUGGUUCACCAUCCACUUUGGCCGCGCAGAUGAUGACAAAAAAGAGAUGAUCUACAUCGGUCCUGGGAUUCACACGUAUUCUGUCUCUGAUCUGAUGCCCGCCACCAAAUAUGAAAUCUGUGUGACCCUUAAGAAUCAGACGCCACGUGCAGGCCAGUGCAUCCUGUUUGUAACAGGAAGUGACAUCACCGAGAUGGAACAGAGGGAGAAACUGAUUCAUAUAAUAGUGAUCGUUUUAGCCAUGGUGCUGGCGGUGCCUAUUGGUAUGUUUGCCUGCACCACUGACACUAGGUUCACCUGUCUGGAGGGCGUCAUGAAGUUCUGGAAGGACCGGCGGCGAGAAAGAAGCUCCCCGGAGGUGGUGCGGGAGCGGCAGGGCACCUUCGACAGCCUGCAGGCCGCCAGCGACGAGGGCCUGGUCAAUAAGGAUUCCAGCGAAGACAGGAAGGUGAGGAGGAGGUCAGAUGACAGAGGGCUUAAGGGCAAAGCCGACCACAGCAGGCUCACAGCUGAACUAUAUUAAAUUACUGUUUUGUUAAAUUAGCGAGUGAAAACACGACACAGAGCCCGCAAUAGACCGAUGACGCACCUCUGUGUCAAUUAUUUUAAUAAAAGGAAAAAAGAAAAAAAAGAACAAAUCUGUUGCAUUAUGCGGGCUUUGAUACUGAUAUACAGUGGCUAUAAUAUAAAAAUAAAAGAAAUGACAGUGUUGACCGCCUUGGUUUUAAUCUCAUCUCUUCCUCUGUUCUAGGCCGGGGAGUGUGUUGCAAAGAUGUGAAUGGUGACCGUUAUGUCAAGAGUGUAAUUCAAGGAUUUGCACCAGUGUAGAGAAAGUGCCGCAGUGUGUUUCCGUCUGAAAUAGGACACAUUUGUCACAUCAUCACAAUCUGUUUAGAUGUAAAUUAUCGUUAAUUAUACAAAGCCUUUGUUAUCGAUUUGAGCUCAAAAUGAAUUCUUUACUGAUUUAUUUUAAAUCAGUUUUCUAUAAGUCUGAAACAUGUACCGUUUGUACAUACAUUGUAUGAAUAUGUUGAAUCACUGUCAGCUACUUGUAUAUGUUAACAAUCAGUAAAAUCAGCAAAAUGUUUCUUUAAUUGCUACAUUUAAUUUACAUUUUGCUUUCUCUCAUGUAUGUGUGUGUGUAUGUGUGUAUGUGUGCUUGUGUUGUGAGUCAUUUUGUGGAAAAAAACUCAAACAAAAACACAGAACCUUGAAUAAUUGUCAAUUUUAUAGACACCUUAGAUAUAAUUUAAGUUACCAGGCAACACACACAUACAUACAGACACACACACCACCAAAUGUGAAUUAAAUUGAUUUGUUAUCUAAA